AUUACCCAUAAUGGCUCGGUUCCUUCUUCUGUGGUUGAUCUUAGCAGAUACUUGUGUUGUUCUAGCCAUGGCUCAUGAAAAAUCUCAGAACCCCAAUGUGGCUCCUAGUCCCUCCCAUGCCCAUGAACAAGGCACGGCCAGAGCACCUGUGAUAAGGAAGCUUGGCAGGCACCACUCCAGAUUGGUCAGGUCCGCCGGUGCACCGGCUUUCAGCCCAUCUCGAGCGCCUGGAAGCGAAGAUAAGCAGUAUUCAACGAAAGAGAUGGGUUCUUCUUCUGAUCAAACAGCUGCGAUUGAACCAAAGAAUGAAGAAAAUAAAAUAGUUGAGGGUGAGAAGGCGUUAGUGAAGAAGCAGCACCAUUCAAUGGAUAAGUCGAUAGCCGGAGGAGGAGUCAUCCUUGGGGGCCUUGCCACCACCUUCCUGGUGGCUGUUUUCUGUUACAUUCGCGCUACUGGAAGGAAAAAUUCCGAUAGUACUGCCGAUCUUACUUAGUUGUAAUACUGUAGCCAUACCCAUGUAUGAGUGAUGUUACCAAACACCCUUGAUAAAAACUGUAAAUGAAACAUAAAUAAUAUCAUCUUGCAUAAAAAUAGGCAUCUAUCUUGAA